AGGGAAAGAGACAAAAAAGACAUAGUGAAAGAACCUGGAACCUGCUCUGCACUGCACUGAUGCUUAUGCUAGUCCUGCCACCACUGCAACAUCGAUAAAAGAGAAAGAAAACGGGAAAUUAGUGCGUGCAAUUUUGGAAAAUAAAAUAAAAUAAAAAUAUUGGAGUGCUAAAUAUGGAUGUAGUAACGUUCGGAAUCAUAGUUAGCAUUAUCGUUCUCUUCUUAGUCAUUGUUUGCUACAUCACCAUCGAAGGCACUUGCAAGUCACGCUCUUAACACUAACACUCUUCAAUCUCUCUCUAUUUUUUCAAUUUCAUGGCAUUGGGUAGAAACAAGACUGUCCAAUUAGCAUUGCUUCUCCUCUGUUUGGAUCUGGGAAUAGCGCAUCAGCAUCAGGGUCACUCCCCUUCCCAUUCUGGUUUCUGUGCUUCCGAUGCCCAUAAUCACUGCGGUGAUGACCAUCAUCAUGACCAUGGCCAUGCGCAUGACCAUAAUAAGGACAAGAUUGAUGCUAGGUCGAAGCUUCUUCCCGAAGAGUUAGCGGAGGAGGAGGAUAUGAAACUCUAUGGCUUCGGUUUUCCCCAUCACCAUCACCACGAUCACGAUAUCGAGGCUGCAGAACUAUCCGGUUUAGGCCUUUGGUUGAAUGCAUUGGGCUGUUCAUUUCUGGUGAGCAUGGCUUCUCUUGUUUGUCUGAUUAUCCUGCCUGUAAUUUUUGUUCAAGGGAAACCAUCAAAGGCUGUAGUUGAUUCAUUGGCUUUAUUUGGGGCAGGAGCUAUGUUGGGGGAUGCAUUUCUUCACCAAUUACCACAUGCUUUUGGUGGAGAACACUCCCAUUCUCAUGGUGACCAUGGAGAUCAUGACCAUCAUGAUAGUUCUGGACAUGAUCAUGCACAUUCUUUAGCCGAUCUUUCCAUAGGAAUAUCCAUCCUUGCUGGAAUUGUACUCUUUCUUCUUGUGGAGAAGUUAGUGAGGUAUGUUGAAGAAAACUCAGGAAGAGCUAAUUCAUGGACACAUGGACACCACCACCAUCACCACAAUAGCAAGGAAAAAUUGAAAGAUGAUAACAGUUCUACUGCCAACUUUCAGUCAGAAUCUAAUAAUGCAAAAGAAGAGAGAUUGAUAGAUGAGAGAAAAGAAGACGAUCAAGUGUCACUUGACUCCUUGAAGGGAGAUAAUCCAUCUCAAUCUGAAACCUCACUCAGAAAGAGAAUUGGAAGCAAUGUGACCAAAGGUGAUAAUCUCGACGAUAAUACUGUAGAUAGUGCCACAUAUAAUGUAAAAUCUUCAAAUGUUAAGGAACCAGUUAGAUCACCAACAAGUCUUGUGUUUGGUUAUCUCAAUCUUUUCUCUGAUGGAGUGCAUAACUUCACCGAUGGAAUGGCUUUAGGAAGUGCAUUCUUGCUUUAUGGAUCUGUUGGUGGCUGGUCUAGAACUAUGUUUUUGCUGGCACAUGAGCUUCCUCAAGAGAUUGGUGAUUUUGGCAUUCUGAUAAGAUCUGGUUUCAGCAUACCAAAAGCGUUGUUCUUCAACUUUCUGUCAGCACUAGUGGCACUUGCGGGGACUGCAUUGGCUCUGCUGUGGGGGAAAGAUCCUGGACAGUCAUCUUUGAUUGAGGGAUUUACAGCAGGUGGAUUUAUAUACAUUGCAAUUGCGGGAGUACUUGCAGAAAUGAAUAACGGUGGGAAUACAACAUUAAGAAGUACUGUUGUCCAAAUAAUCUCCCUGACCAUUGGCAUGGCUGUUGCCCUUGGUAUUUCCCUUGUAGAAUGAAUGGAAAUUGGUCUCUAUAGGACUUGCAUGUCUUGAUUCCUGAUUUGCCAAUUAUUUCACAAAAAAUAUGCCAACCAGUUUACAAAUGUUCUCUUUAUAUUUUUGCUUUAUGCUAAACGGUGAACCCAGAAAAGCUUGUAGGGAGGAGGAACUGAGAGAAAAUGAUGGAUCAAACAGAAUGGUCAGGCUUUAACACCAAAUGAUUCCUUACUCCCUAACAGAGUGAACUUUGUACAGUACAUGUUUUUUCUUUUCGUCGUUAAUACUAACCUAUCACAAGCCGUUUGUCUUUGUCAAACUAUGUAUUUUGUAACAUUUUUCUUUCUUAUGAGCUGUAUAGCAGUCAAAAUGCUUUCCUCUUCUGAUGCACGUUAAAUGAAGACACUGAUUGUGUCUGAUGGAUUUUGUACCUUUUUUCUUC